GAACAGGGGUAUCACCACUUGUGAUUAAACACUUUUUACUGGUAAAGGUGGAGAUGAAAAAUGUACUCCUUACACAGCAUAUAACAAAUGAAAAAUAGGAAGUGUCCGUUCCGAAUCUAUUUAAAUUUACCAGUAAAUUUAUUUAAUAGACCUUAUUUUUACUGAUGUGUAAGGUACAAGGAUGUUAAAUUGGCCUGCGGACAUUCCAAUGACACUACUUUCAUGAAAAAUUACUCUCUCUAUACCUAUCUGGUACCUACUUAUUUUUAAAAGAUUAGAGUUAGUGGGGACCACUGUUUCCCAGUUACUUACUAGCGUAAGGGGAGUAAAUCAGACACCUGUGUUUUAAUUCAAUUGGUAACAGUUUACGCAUGCGUUUUCACAUUUACCGCAUCAAAAUUUACGAUUACAGUAAUGACUACUAUACAUGACAAGUGGAUGCUGUCUAUAAAAUGAAAAGUGAAUCGAAAAAACAGUUGUAACAUCAUACAAAAAAACUGUCAAAAUGUAUUCAACGAAAACUCCUUCCUAUAGAAUUGAGGAAGCAGAUUUGAAGUGCAAGAAUGGUUGCGGAUUUUAUGGAAAUGAUGAGUGGGAAGGUUAUUGUAGCAAAUGUCAUCGAGAAUAUUUACAAAAACAAAGAUCUCAAACUGAGAGUAACGUUUAUGGACAAGGAUACGAUGUCCAUUCUAUGAAUCGGAGUGCAACUAAUGCUCAACAAAAAUAUGAAGAGAAGAAAGUACAACAAGAAAAAAAGUACAAAUUGUUAAAUAUAUCUUUCCGUAAACCAGUUACAAAAGCACAGGGAUAUCAAGAGUUACUACACGAAUUAACAAAAGAUAAUCCCGAUCUGGAAAAAGUAAAAGCAGAAAAUCGUGAAUUACUAGUUAUGAUUGCUAAGACACCGGUGGACAGAGAUGUUAAAAAAUGCAUGCAUUCUUUUAUAGUCGAGGUACUUCAAAAUAAGGAUAUAAAGAGAAUAGAAGAACUUUCAGAAAUUGUACAAAACUUUUAUCAAGUAUUCGCCAAGCGUUUAGAAAACAAUACCAAAUAUGCAGAUAUAACACCAGAAAUAAAAGAAAAAUUAUUAGAUUACGUUGAAAGAUAUUGUAUGACUUCACUCUAUAGGAUUCUCUUUUGUCCUCCCUUCACGAAUGAUGAAGAAAAGGAUUUAGCUAUACAAAAAAGAAUUCGACAACUAAAUUGGGUCAGUGGAAAAAAUUUAGAGUGCAGAAUACAUGAAACUAGUUCAGAAGUUAGAGAACUUGUCUACACUUCUAUAACAGAUUUACUAAAUAUGGAUUCUGCAAAAGCUCCACAAGAAAAACUUUCUUGCGUAAUUUAUUGCUGUAGGAAUAUAUUUUUAAUGUUACAGCAGUCUGUCGGUGGACCAGCAUCUGCAGAUGAAUUUCUUCCUGCACUGAUUUUUAUUGUUCUGAAAGCUAAUCCCGCUCGCCUUAAGAGCAAUAUUAAUUUUAUCACUAGAUUUUGUAAUGCAAGCAGAUUAAUGACAGGGGAAGGUGGAUAUUACUUCACUAAUUUGUGUUGUGCUGUAUCUUUCAUUGAAAAUUUAACAGCCGCAUCAUUAAAUAUGGAUGAAAAAGAUUUUAAUGCGUAUAUGUCCGGGGAACGUGUACCUGCCAACACUUGGGAAUCUGCUCUAAUGAUAUGUGAAAGUUUGCACUUAAUGUGCGAAGAUAUAACACUUCUUGAUGAAAUAAAAGCUAAAACUAAAGAAAUGAUAAAUGAAACAUUAGAUUUGAAAGAAAAAAUGUUACGGUUUCAAGAGGAGAUUGAAUCAGAAGUAAAUACUGUUUUGGAAAGAACUCCGUUGUUAAUUACACAUAGUCAAAGAUUACCAACCAAUUUGGACUGCGAAGAUAUAGAAAGUUACCAAUUACCACCUCCAAUUAUUCCACAAGUUUGUUCUACUACAGUUAACAAUUCCGCUCAUCAGAACGAUAUGAGAAUUUCUUUAAUAGAUGAUUGUGUAACACCAUCUCCUACUUUUGAUUUUCCCUCUUUCAUGGGCGAUGAUAGCUUUGAUGUAAGCAAGGCGGAGGAUGAAACUAGUCUCAUAAGCUUGGAUGCACAAUGUGAUUUUGAUAUCCAACAAGAUAAGUCUACAAAUGAAUUAUUACCAACUCAUUUGCAUUUAGCUUCUGCAGCAGAACCAGAAAAGGAAGAUUAUCAUGGGUUUACUAUUCAAGGUUCAAAUAUACCCACAAUUCCUUGUAGUACUGGGGAUUUAUCCCUUAAUUCUACAGAAACUGAUUGCGAAAAUUAUACGAACUAUUUCCACAAUGUAUAAAACAUAUUAUGUAAAUGAAAUAUACUUUAUGAAGGAUGUUUCACUUUUAUGUAUAAUUCGUACAAAGAUUCUUGUGAAACAUUGCAGUUGUAGUGCAAAUAACGUUUAGGUAAUUUAAAAAUAUGAAUUUAAAUAAAAAUUGUAUGACGUCAUGGAUAAAAUUAAAUUUAUUGAUUAUCAGUAUUUAAUGCAAUUGAUGUAUUAAAAUAAUUUCAAACACAUAUUUAUGUAUUUCAUGUUAUUGUAUUUUAAGCUUAUAGUGGACAUGUUUCUUCUAGCUACGAGAAUGGGCGUGUUAUGAGUAGAAUACCAUGUUCUGGUAACAAAAAUUUAAAGAAAUCAGACAUUUUGUUGUUGAAUAAAUAUUAUAUGAAGAAAGUUUAUGAUAUAUAAAAAUUUUAUAUAUAUAUCUUUUAUUAAUUAAUAAUAAAUAAUAAUAGUAACUUAGAAUAAUAACUUAUAAAAAAUAAUGAUAUUCACUAUAUUCUAAGGGUCAGUGUUUGAUUCUGUUGUUUAGCAAUUUUAACAAGUCA